ACAACGACCAUUUUCCCAUCGACUCAGAGAUACAUACCGCAGAGCGAAGCUACAGUGACAGCUGCCAGCACUCUACGUUGGGUGAAUUUCCACCUGGGGUUUCGUCUAUCCACGAAAACCCCAAACCUCUCCAAUCGCCAUGGAUUUCUCCUUCGAUAUUUUCCAAAUCUACCGCCAAUAUUGCGAUAUUACAUCGAAGGUGGUUGCUAACGUCGGGCAGGAUUAUGGCGUAGAUGUCGAGUUUCAGAAAGCGAGUAUCUUGAGAGAGUCAUUAUCGCAAUUAUCGAAAGUGGUGGACUCAAAAGUCAGUACGAGGGUUUCAAUUCUUGAGGAAGUUUACAAGCUGAUGUCAAGAUUAGACUUGUUGGCAGACUUUUCGGAGUUCUCACGUUUUUACGAGUUUGUGUUUUUCAUUUGCCGGGAAAAUGGUCAAAAGAACAUUACUGUAAGCAGGGCUGUUAUGGCUUGGAGAUUAGUUUUGCCUGGAAGGUUUCGAUUGCUUAAUAGAUGGUGCAACUUUGUUGAGAAAAAUCACCGACAUAACAUAUCUGAAGAUACGUGGCGACAAGUUUUAGCCUUCAGUCGGUCUGUCCAUGAAAAUCUUGAUGGUUAUGAUCCUGAAGGAGCAUGGCCUGUCUUAAUUGAUGACUUCGUCGAGGACAUGUACAGGAUCAUGGGAUCACUUGGCAGUGCUAAUAAUUUAUACUGUAAUUGUGGUGACUCGGAACCUCAACAAUGUGAGGACACUCUGUCUGGUUUGAUAAACUUACCCGGUUCAAAGAGGAAGUUGGGAUAUAAUUUGGAGAUGGAAUCGGAAUCUUCCAAGGGUUACGGAAGUUGUAGUAGCGGUUUUCCAAAUUCAAAGAGAAGGCACGUUUAUUCGAUCGAGAACAAGUCUUCUCCUUGUGCGGUUGAGGGGUGCCUGUCAAAGGGUUUCGCUGGACUUCUCUCCGGUCGUUCUUGUUUGCAGUUUGACCACGAUGCAAGACUCUCAUAUUUAUAGAUAAAUUGAUUGAUAGAUUACAUUAUUGGUAUUGGUAAGAGUUUUAUGUUGUUGAUUGGUUAUCGCACACACACACAUACACGGUCGUGAUUUGUUUUUAGUUAUCUAGUUAAGAUUGAUAUAAAAAUCAAUAAAGGUGUAAUUUUUUUAUAUCGUGGAACGAAUUGUUUGUUAUCCUUAGGAAUUGAAUUGUGUGGUUUAGUUAUAUAGUAGCUAUGAUUUGCCUGUUAUGAACUAAGAUAUAGUUCGUAGAUUUUAACAAUCAAUGGCACAGUUUUGUGGUGUGGAUAAAUAUUUGGUGACUCGAUUCAAGUUUUGAUCUAUUUCAGGAUGUUUGCUA